GAGACAUUUCCGGUCAAAAUGUUUUCAUUACAUUUAAGAAACUUUGUGCGUUUAGAGCAAAAACUAAUUCAAAAUCAUCUGUUGAGUCGUAACAGUAGCUUUAAAAGUGGAAUAGCUUUAGACAAGCUGUAUGAAAAGUCCGAUAACCAUCCUACUUCAUCUGAGUUUUCAAGGACUGACUCCAAAUCAACAACUGAAGAUGGUUUAGCUGAACAGUUCACAGGAGAAAUUCCAAUAAAAGACAUAAGUAUUCAAAGCUGCAGAUCAUCUGGUCCUGGGGGUCAGCAUGUUAACAAAGUAAACACUAAGGUUGAAGUUAGAUUCAAUGUAAAUUCUGCCACAUGGAUACCAGAAUGGGUGAAACCCAAACUGUUAGAAGAGCAACAAAACCGAGUGACCAAGAAUGGAGAAUUGAUAGUUACAUCAGAGAAAACACGUAAACAGAUUCUCAACCAGGCUGACUGCCUUGAUAAAAUCAGACACAUGAUCUUCCAAGCCUCAAGAAAACCUAAAGAACUUACACCAUAUGAACUAGAGCUAAUAGCCAAAAGGGAAGAGGCUGCCAAGAAAAGAAACAUUGAAGACAAAAGAAGAAGAUCUUUAUUAAAAAUGAGACGCCGGGGAGAGUUUUUCUGAUAAAUUGUUAUGUAUAGAGCUUUAAAUAAAUUUCAUUUGGAUUUCGAAAAA